AUGGUGACACUGCAGGUUCUGCUGUUGUGGUCUGCUGCUUGCUCUGCCUUCGUGCCGGCCCCUCGUGCCGAGUCCCCUUCUCUGCGCGGGCUGGCUGCGGCCGCCAGCAUUGUCGCAGCACCAGGCAUCGCCUCCGCUGGCGACGAGUACCUGAACUACAACAUGACAGGUGAGUUCACGCCCUUCAUGGUCAUCGGCUACUUCGGCCUCACAACUUUCCUCACCGCCUUUGCCUUCGGCUCCUACCUGGUCUUGACCAAGCUGAAGAUCAUCUGA